GAUCGUGCUUCCGCGCAUAAAUGACCAGGAAAAAUGGUAGAGUAAUGAACAAACAGUCCUGGGGGCAUCAAUGGAGGCUGGACUCCGGUGUCUGGAGACAGGUGGUCUCAUUAUUUUACCACCACCACUCGACUCCCACCACCUACCCCGUUGCCACCUUCUUCUGCCGGCCUGGUCCCCUCUCUCCUCUCCCAGCGCAGCUCAAGCACCACCUCCCCCAUCUCUAUUUCCUCGCCUCUCUCGGGGCUUAAAUCCAGCUCGUCCAUCAGGGCUCAAGGAUUUCGUGGUUCCUGCAAUCUUGCUGCCUUCUCCGGGUUGGCAUUCUCGCUUGGAGCGUUGUUUCGGAGCUCGUGCACGCGCUGAGGGCGGUGCUCUCCGGCGGCGGCGAUGAGGGGCAGCAAUGUCUGCUCCGUGCUUCCGUCGCUCGUGCUUCUGUGGGUGGGCGUCGCCGCUGCGCAGAAGGCCUCUUCUUGGAAGACACUGAGCGGCGACGCUCCAGCAAUCAUAGCCAAGGGUGGAUUUUCAGGCUUGUUCCCUGAUUCAAGCGAAUAUGCGUAUCGAUUUGCACUGAUUGCGAGCUCGCCAGAUACAAUCCUGUAUUGUGAUGUUCGGUUGACCAAGGAUGGCCUUGGCAUCUGCCUGCCGGACAUAAAGAUGGAAAAUUGCACCAAUAUUCCAGAUUUCUAUGCACAGGGUAAGAAGAGCUACCUUGUUAAUGGUGUGCCAAUGACGGGAUGGUUCUCCGUGGACUACAAUGGUACCGAGCUCGGACAAGUGUCCCUCAAGCAGUCAAUCUAUUCUCGAACGCCCAGGUUUGAUCCAAGCUUCUUUCCAAUACUUGCUGUUGAAGACGUGCAAUCCAAAUUUAAGCCUCCUGGAAUUUGGCUCAAUGUCCAGCACGACAGUUUCUACAGCCAGUUCAAUCUGAGCAUGAUGAACUACAUCAUUUCUGUAUCAAAACGUGUUGUUGCUAAUUAUAUCUCAUCACCUGAAGUGAGCUUCCUCACCAGCAUACUUGGAAGAGUUAGCAACAAAACAAAUCUUGUGUUCCGCUUUCUUGAUGAGACCACCCUCGAACCUUCUACGAACCGGACAUAUGGUUCCAUGUUGAAAAAUCUGACAUUCGUCAAAACAUUUGCAUCUGGGAUACUUGUCCCGAAGCACUAUAUUUGGCCUGUUUCACCAGAUAAUUAUCUGCAACCGUAUACUUCAGUUGUUGAUGAUGCUCACAAAGCAGGGUUGGAAAUUUACGCUGCUGAUUUUGCAAAUGACUUUACGCUCAGUUACAACCAUAGUUAUGAUCCGUUAGCAGAAUAUCUGUCAUUCAUUGAUAAUGGUGCCUUCUCUGUUGAUGGUGUAUUGACUGAUUUCCCUGUUACACCUUCAGAGGCAAUUGGUUGUUUUACCAAUUUAAACAAAAGCAUCUCAGAUCAUGGAAAGCCUCUAAUUAUUUCCCACAAUGGUGCUAGUGGGGACUACCCAGGCUGCACUGAUCUAGCUUAUCAAAAAGCAGUUGACAACGGUGCGGAUGUCAUUGAUUGCCCUGUUCAAGUGACCAAAGAUGGAAUACCAAUAUGCAUGAGCUCCAUUAACCUAAUGGAUGAUACUACCGUUGCAAGAUCACAAUUCGCAUCUCAGACAGCAGUGAUAAAGGAUAUUCAGAGUGUGCUAGGAGUCUUUACUUUCAACCUCACUUGGGAUGACAUUGUAAAGAACCUAAGACCCAAGAUAUCUACCCCAUUCAUCUCCUUCAAACUGGACAGAAAUCCGAGAUACAGGAAUGCAGGAAAUUUCAUGAGAUUAUCAGAUUUUCUGGACUUCACAAAAGAUAAGGAUAUAUCAGGAAUCAUGAUCAGUGUGGAGCAUGCUGCUUUUGUGGCAGCGGAACUUGGAUUCGACAUGGUAGAUGCAGUUGUCAAAGCCCUCGACAUUGCUGGUUACAACAACCAAACCACCCAGAAAGUUAUGAUUCAGUCAACCAAUAGCUCGGUUCUGGUGAAGUUCAAGCAGCAGACUAAGUAUGACAUUGUGUACAUGGUCGAUGAAGAAGUCAGGGACGCUGCACCUUCCUCCCUCGCUGACAUUAAAAAGUUUGCUGAUGCCGUUUCCGUCGAUACCAGCUCCAUUUUCCCUGAAAGUCGCCAUUUCACAACCUACCAGACCGAUCUUGUACAGUCCCUGCAGACUGCUGGUCUAUCGGUCUAUGUUUACACUCUCAUGAAUGAGUUUGUUGCUCAGCCAUACGACUUUUUCUCAGAUGCAACUGCACAGAUCAAUGCAUAUGUUAAGGGUGCUGGAGUGGAUGGGAUAAUCACUGAUUUCCCUGCGACAGCUCGGAGAUACAAGUUGAACACUUGUAUGAACAUGGGGAACAACACGCCGAGCUUCAUGGCCCCUGCUCAUCCCGGUGAUCUCUUGCAACUCAUCAGCAAGCCUGCGCAGCCGCCAGCAUUGGCCCCGAUGCCGCUCCUGACAGGCUCAGACGUGGCGGAGCCACCCCUGCCUCCCGCCAGAACAAACAACGGUACCGCUCCAGCACACUCGCGCGCAAGCAGGACACAUGCUCUUACAACUCAUAUCCCAAUCCUGGUCACACUGGCAAUGCUUUGUGCUUGCCGCCCCCUGUUCUGAGAUUGCAAUGCAACAUGACACGCUCGUCGCUCGAGCUGGACGACCGUGCCAAUCUGUUAAUCAAAUAUUUUUCUUCACCUGUA